AUGAUCCGACCUUCGCUUCACGAUUGGUACCUGUUAUUUAAGCCCAAAUCCCCAUUCAUUCACACUGAUACAACUCCCCAUGGGUACUGCAGAUAUUUUGGAGCGUUCUUGAUUGGGGUUGUAGUCUCUGCCGCGAGCUCACAAGCACACAAAGUUACUUGUGUGCAGACAUGGUACUACUUUAGCUGGUAUUUCUCGGAUCCUUGGUACAACAAACUUUUAGUUGGCGCUGUAUUUGUAUCAGACACAACCCAUCAAGCUUUGAUUACACAUGCCUUGUAUACGUACCUUGUCACUGACUUUGGCAACGCCAGUGAUCUCGAGAAAAUUGUGUGGAGCCUAUUGGUUGAAGUUUUGUUCAAUGGCUUCACGGGGUUUAUGGUUCAAAGCUUCCUCGCCAAGCGUGUCUACCAUCUGAGCAACAAGAACAUGAUCAUAACCGCGUCCGUGAUGUCAGUUGUCAUCGCUGAACUUGUCAUUGUUGUCAUAUAUGUUGUAAAAGCUCUCGAGUUGGCGACCUUCACUCAAGUUCGCCAGAUCAAGUCAUGGUCAAUGUCUAUAAAUGCUGUAGCAGCUGCCGGAGAUAUCCUUAUCGCUGUAUUACUCUGCAUAUUCCUCCAACGAUCUCGCACUGGGUUCCGUCGGUCCGAUACCAUGAUCAACAAGCUCAUGCUGUACACUAUCAACACUGGUCUACUUACCAGUGUUUGCGCAAUGAUGUCCUUUAUUUCUGUAUGUAAAACAUCACAAACGGCUCGUUACUUCGUUCCUGACCCAGAUGUGGCACAGAUUGUAUUGUGGCCUGAUACCUUCAUAUACAUCGCAUUCUAUUUCUGCGUGGGACGUCUUAAUUGCAAUUCCCUGCUGGCCACCCUCAAUGCACGCAAGGGUAUCCGCCGUGAUGGCGAUGCUUGUAACGAGCACGUGUCGACUUUGAUAGAUAGAGCCCUGAGACCUAUCAACAGUCCCAUCAGCUCAUCGCAAAUGGAGAUGCCGAAUCACCUUUCAAUUAAGCUAGAUACCACGCAAGAAUGCAUUGAAGAUCAGGACCUCAAAAGGGCGCAUAGCUCGCUCGCCCUCGCCCGACUCAUCCUCGACGGCGUAUCAGUGGCCUCCACAUACCCAGCAGGCUUGCUCAAAAUCGACUUGAUAAAUGCCUUGGUUGGUUUGGACCAGGGAGUCGCCGACAAUAAGAAUGGAACAUCGGUCUCUUUCCCCGUCAAUUUGUUGAGAACUUUCGGUAGUUUGAUGGCCACUUUACUAAGGGCGCAGUCAGUUCAAUUGCUUACGGAUGAGAAUCGGGCUGAGUGGCCGAAGUUGCUGCAGAGGAAGCUAGUGUUAUGUGAAAAGAUAGUCCAUCACUGA